UCAGGAAGUUCUGGGGUGAGGAGCAGCUGACCGUCUGUUCCAGUAAAUAAACCCGUAGAAAAGGUAUUUAACAGCUUGAAACUUCUGAAGGACACGUUUCAGAUCAAAUCUGCUUUCACUUUUACUGAGGGCGUCACUUACAAAACACUGGAGAAGAUGAAUUUUAGAGGAGAAGUGAGGUUUCUGCGCUGUGUAUCUGGAAAAACUCUGGGUGCAGAUGAUGGAUUUAUAAGGAAGCUGAAAGAGGGAAUACCCGGCCUGAGGGAGGAGUUUAAUGUGGAGAACUGUGAUUUUAUUCUGGUUUUCUGUCCUGUUGUUUCUCGAGCUGGAACCGACAUUGAAGCAGCUCUGAAAAAACUUAUCCACUUAUCCAAAGAAUCCAAGAAUACAGUUCUGGUGGUUCUACAUCACACAUUUGAUCAGGAGAUGACAGUAGCAGACAGCAGCAGGAGUGUGAACAGAGAGAAUACUCUCACUGUGGACUGUCUGUUUCAUGAGGACAGAGGAUUACUGCAGUGCUACAGGAACCAGGAAGCUCUGGAGAAAGUUACACACUGGAUCAAACCUCCGGUACCGUCUCUCAGUGCAUCAAUAAACACUUUCAAAGAUUUUUUUUCAGUCUCAACCAGAACAGCUGUGGAGAUUCAGGAGAAACCAAAAUCUAAACCAAUGUGGAAACAGUUGGCAGAGUGUGAAGAAAAUAACAAACGACUUCAGCUCAAAAAUGAAGAGCUGACUAAACUUCUUUGUAGGACGAACAAAAUCCUGGAUCCAAUCAUUAGUAAAAAACAGAAAAACCUGGAAAACAGACAAUUCAGAAAGCUCAGUGAUCUUCUAAAUGAUGUGAAAAAACAACUACAAAUCCCAGAGAAAGAAACCACGAAAAAGGGAAAACUGGAUAUUUCUCCAGAUCUCAGGCUGGUUCUGCUGGGAAGAGCUGGGUCUGUAAAAAGUUCUGUAGGAAACUCCAUCCUGAAGAACAGAGAGACUGAAUCAUCUACUCCAACUCAGGGAUAUAAGAUCAGACAGGGGUUUGUGGGUAAUAAGAGUCUCACUGUGCUGGAGACUCCUGAUGAGCUCUUCUCUGAAUUUCCUCAGGAGGAAAUCAGACACUGUGUCCGACUGUCUGCUCCUGGUCCUCACGCCUUCCUCAUAGUCAUUCCAGUGGAGGAGUGGACAGGAGAGGAACGAGGGAUGCUGGAGGAAAUGGAGGAGAAGUUUGGAGAGAAGUGCUGGAGGAACACCAUCAUCCUCCUCACUGUUACUGAUGAAGAACAGAAGAAGCGUGUAGAAGAGUUUAUCAGAUCAGGAAACCAGGAGGUUCAGAGACUUGUAGAGAAAUGUGGGAACAGGUUCCACUGUCUCAACGUUCAGGAGAACCGGGACGAUGCUCAGGUUCUAGAUCUGCUGGAGAAGAUAGAGAAGAUGCUGAAAGAUAAUCCAGAGAGAUUCUACAGCAGAGAAAUCUACCAGCAGAUCAGAGAGAUGGAGAGAAGAGUGAUGGACAUUGUACUCGGAAACACAAAAGAAGACAUUCAGGCACAUGAGGAAUAUAUUGAAAGUAUGAAUGAAAAAAUACCAAAAUUAGAUAAUAGUGAUAAGGUUAGCAUUCAAAAUCUUCUAAAAGUUCAAGAUGAAGUAAAGAGAAGGCUUGAGAAACUGAAUUUAAAAAAGACUGGAAUAGACAUCAGAUAUGCUCAGGACAAGAUGAUGGAGGCAUAUGAUGGAGAAGGCUGGAUAGAGGAUCAGAAACAGUUGAUGGAGAUCAUGCUUCCUGAAGUUCACUCCAUGCUGUGGGAUUCACAGAUCCAGAGAAGGAAAUCUAGAGAGCAGGUGAAGAACACACUGCCUGAAACUCAUAAUCAAAACCCUGAUGAAGCAGAAGCUUUAGGUAUAUAUGCUAGAGCAGAAAAGGUUCCAGUGGCUUCGAAUGAUUCAUCUGAUCCUGAAAACACACCAAAUACCAGAAACAAACUGGAUGAUCUAGUUCAAGAGCUGUCAUCCAAUGGACAUGCUAAUGCAGAAGAGGAGAACAGUUCAAAUGUUUUAUCUUCUCAGAGUUCUGAUAAGAUGUCUGAUAUCAAAAUCCAACGUAAUGAUACAGAUCAGAAGUCAAAGAAGAACGCUAAUUCAGAAGGGAGUCCAGUGCUGGAAGAGCUCUGUCCAAAAGAUGUGUCUGAUCAGUCUUCUGAUAACAUGACAAACAUCAAAAUCCAACCUGAUGAAGAAGUUCAGAACAAGUCUCCCAAAAACAAGAAUGCAAAUGAAGAAAGGAGUCCAGUGGAUGAGGGGGCUAGUUCAAUUGUCCCAUCAGUUCAGUCUCCUGAAAAAACAGCAGAUAUCACAAACCUGGAGGCGUCAUCCAGUGGGAAUGCUAAUGCAGGAGAGAGUCCAGUGUCUGAGAGAAGUGCUUCAAGUGUUUCCUCUGAUUCGUCUCCUGAAAACACGUCUAACACCGAAGUCCAACGUACUGAUAAAGAUCUGAAGGAGUCUUCCAGUGAGAACAGAAAAGCAGAAACCAGUCCAGAGGUUGAAGACACCAGUUCAAGUGUUUCAUCUGCUGAGGCUCCUGAAAACACCUACCUUUAAAAUUCAACCUCCUGGAACUGCAGAGAUGUUUGAAGAUGCAGAACAGAACCAGUAAAACAGUGUGAUGAUCUUUACAGAAACACAGAAACAAAAGCUGCUUCAGAAUAUUCUUACUUUAUAUUAUUAAGGGUAUCUUACACUAAUAUGUAGAACAUUCUGCUUAUAAAAGCUACUUUAUAAUCUCAGAUUAUUAUUGUAAUCUGCACUAAAAUGCAGUAAAAUCAGUUAUCAUUUAUAAAAUAUUGUUCAGAUGAAAUACAGAGAAUUUUAUAUAAAGUUUUAACUAAAAACAGCAGUUUAAAACUCUGCAGCUCCGCACUUUUAUUCUGUAAUGGCACUUUUAGAUUUCAUAUAAUCAAUUUUGUUAAUUUUUCUUUUUUUAAAUCUAUAUAUUUUAAUAAUGUUUCAAUCAUGUUUUAUUCUUAUUUGAUUUUUAUUUCCAUUUUAUCGUAUUCUCUUGCUUCUCUUUGUAUUGUCUAGUUUGUAAAGCACUUUGGAUGAUUGUUGUGUAUGAAAUAAAUAAACAAAUAUUAAUUAUAUAAAUAAACUUGCCUUGCCUAAAACUGUU